AUGCCGUAUCGAGACGCUUGCAGAGAUUGCGAGAUCAUCCAUACCGGUUUACAACACUCUGUUAUUCGCAAUGACCAACCGAAUUGUCUACCACUGGAUGAAGUGACAUUAGCAGAAAAACUUAAAGAAGUUGGAUAUGCCACUCAUUUGGUUGGUAAAUGGCAUCUGGGUUUCUACACUCCAUCGUGUCUUCCGACGCGACGUGGAUUUGAUUCUUUCUUUGGAUAUCUGAUUGGGCAGGAAGAUUAUUAUAAACACAUCCAUGACGGUGGAUACGAUCUAAAACGACACGAAACAGAUGUAUCUAAACAAUACCAGGGUGAUUACACAACCCACGUGUUUACAAGUGAAGCACAGAACAUUAUAAAGUCACAUGAUCCAAGCACACCUCUGUUUUUAUACAUGUCCUACCAGUCAGUUCAUGCUAACUAUUUACAAGUCCCUGAGCAUUAUUCUAAUAUGUAUAAUGGAGUAAUAGAUGACGAGGAUCGACGUAUAGUGGCAGGAAUGGUUACUUGUAUGGAUGAAGGUAUAGGAAACAUUACACAGACAUUGAAAGAAACAGAACUCUGGAAUAACACAAUUAUUAUUUUCUCAUCAGAUAAUGGCGGAGACCCGAAUGACGGUGGCAAUAAUUGGCCGUUGCGUGGUGAAAAGGGAACACACUGGGAAGGAGCCAUCCAUGGUCUUGGAUUCGUUUAUAGUUCUGAUAUUGCAAAAGAUGUGAGGGGGACAGUGAAUACAGAAAUGAUUCAUGUCAGUGACUGGUUUCCCACAAUAGUAAACUUAGCCGGAGGCAGUUUGAAUGGAACGAAGCCAUUAGAUGGUUUUGACCAAUGGCAAACAAUCAGUCAAGGAGCAGAAUCUCCAAGAACUGAAAUUCUCAUCAAUAUCGACCCACUGGUACCCCCACCGUCAGAUAUGGAACAUUUUUUUCAUGGUUGGAAUGGAACCUACAACACCUCAAUGUGUGGCGCUAUUCGUGUGGGGGAUUGGAAAUUAAUAACGGGAUAUCCAGGUGAGGGGUCAUGGACACCACCUCCUGAAUCCGGACAUCAGCCAAUUAUACCUAAUGAUAAACCAGGAAAACACGUAUGGUUAUUUAACAUCGCUGAAGACCCAACUGAGACAACAGAUUUGAGUGAAGAUAAUUUAGAUAAAGUAAUUGAAUUACUGAUCAAAAUGGACGAAUAUUUGUUAACCUCUGUUCCAGUUGUAUAUCCUCCUAACGACCCCCUUGCUGACCCAUCUCUGAAUGAUGGUAUAUGGCGUCCAUGGUCGCCUGAACCAUACACUUAUCCAGGCAACCCAAAUAACCCAAACAAUCCAAACAUAAAAGACAACGUAUUUUAA